UCAUUACCAAGUGGGCCGGGUAGGAAAACCUGUCUUUGUGGGCCACCCAAAUUAUGGCGUUGUCAAAAUUGACUAGCCUAACUAACUGUGGUUACGACAUGCGUUUAUGAUUGUCCAGCUACAUUUAAUGUUCAGUCAAAUACAUUCACAAACACUGCGGGACAUGCAAUGCAGCAAUAGGCUCUCAAAACAAUUCCAGACAUAAUAUGCAGAGCAGAUCCAGAUUACUUUUUCAUAUGCUCAUAUACUGUAUUGUAAUGCCUCAAUCAGGUAAAUAACCAUCACACGCAUUUUUUGUUUUUGUUAAAGAGCCUCGGUAAAAGGCAAUGUCCAGGCUAGAGGAUAGCGUUCUCCAAGGGCUAGGCUACUCCUUUGACUUGUAGCCUAUGCCACUUAAAAGUAAAUUCCUUCAUAACGAAAUGCAUUGCAAAGUAAACAGGUUUAUUGCUUGGUGUUGAUACCAAUGUUAACAAUAGGCUCCACUGGAACUGGCGGUUUUCAUCAUCAAAUGUGUGUUUCGCUGGUUGAAUGGCCCUGUAUUAUGCAAAAACUAACAAUCUGCUUUCCACAGCAGAAACUUGACCUGUGGCAUGUUUGACCAUGUCGAAACGCAGCGUGCGUUUAUUGUUCGCGUGCACUGUUGUUUCUAUCCAGGAGAAAAUUGAGUGUGGCAGCUUAGUUGGCUGAUUUUCAAGAACCUUUCAUUAAGUGGUGAUGACCCUCCAGGAGGUCUUCUGGGUCCACAACUUGAAGUAGCCUAGGCUAUAUAACACGCGCCAAUGUGAGAGCACCAGCUCGGCCAAACUUUACCCAAACAAGAUGUUUGCCGUUACUUUACUCGCGGUAAUACCUGCAAUAAUAAACGCUCAUCCAUUUGAUGAACUACACCAAUAUGUGGAUGAUCAUGUGGAGGAUUAUGUAGAGGCUUUGAGGCAGUGGGUGGCGGUGGAGAGUGACUCCAGUGAUGUCACCAAGAGGCCAGACCUACACCACAUGAUGGACGUGACUGCUGAGAAGCUAAAAGGCAUGGGGGCGGGGGUGGAAAUGGUGGACAUUGGAACACAAGAGCUUCCUGAUGGCACAACCCUCCCUCUACCGAAAGUGGUCACUGCCCAAAUCGGUAACGAUUCCAAUAAGCACACAGUGUGCAUCUAUGGACAUGUGGACGUUCAACCAGCUAAGAAGGAGGAUGGGUGGGCCACUGAUCCUUAUAACCUGACUGACAUCGAUGGGAACCUUUAUGGUAGAGGAGCAUCUGACAAUAAGGCUCCAGUCCUGGCAUGGAUACAUGCAGUGGAGGCCUACCAGGCUCUGAAUUUGGACCUGCCAGUAAAUGUCAAGUUUAUCAUUGAGGGGAUGGAGGAGACAGGCUCCAAUGGUCUGGACUCAAUGAUAGUGGCAAAGCGGGACACCUUCUUCUCCGAUGUGGAUUACAUCAUCAUUUCAGACUGUGGUUGGCUGAGCCGGAGACCUGCGCUUACCUAUGGUACCCGGGGAAACUGUUACUUCUUUGCAGAGGUCGAGGGACCUAAGCAGGACUUACACUCUGGAGUUUACGGGGGCACUGUGAUCGAACCCAUGACAGACCUAAUUGGCAUCUUAGAUACUUUAAUUAGCCCCAGUGGAAAGAUCCUUGUACCUGGGAUCAGAGAGGCUGUGGCUCCCUUCUCUGAUGAGGAAUGGAAAAUGUACCAGGACAUUGAGUUUGACGUGGAGACCUAUAAGUCUAAGAUUGGCCUCGAUCAACUCAUGUACAACAACAAAGUGGACUUACUGGCUCAUCGCUGGCGCCAUCCCACCGUAUCCAUACACGGCAUAGAGGGUGCCUUUUCUGCUUCUGGCUCAAAGACAGUCAUUCCUGCAAAGGUCAUCGGCAAAUUCUCCAUCCGACAGGUCCCUGAUAUGGACCCCGCUAUGGUCAAAAAGCAGGUGACAGACUACUUGCACUCAGUGUUUUCCAAACGGAAGAGUCCCAACAAGUUAACGGUUACCAUGAUCAUUGGGGCCAAACCCUGGUUGGCAGACACCAAGCAUCCUCUGUAUGAGGCAGGAAUCGCAGCCGUGAAGAGAGUGUUUCAGGUGGAGCCAGAUCUGAUUCGUGAAGGAGGCACAAUUCCAAUUGCUCGGACCUUCCAAGACGUGACAAAGAAGAACAUCAUUAUGCUUCCCAUUGGAGGCUUUGAUGACGGACUUCACUCCCAGAAUGAGAAAAUGAGCAGGUACAACUACAUUGAAGGGACAAAGCUGUUCAUCUCCUAUCUUCAUGAAGUAGCUGAAAUCAAGUAAACAUCUUAUGUGUUGAAUGAAUGAAGGACAACCUGUGCUGUCUUAUAUUCUUAAAUACUGUUGAACAUUAUUCGCACUAAUAUACGGUUGACAGUAAGAUGACAGUUUUCACUAAGAGGCAUCAUUGUUACUGCAUUAUUUGUGUCAGUAGGUAUCUCUAACUGAUCAACGGAGCAGCAUUUAUCUAUGUAUGUUUUUUUUCCUGUUGAUAAUGUAUACAACUGCCUCAUAAAUAAAGACGUUCUGAAAGACUUCCCAGAUAUAAGUCAAGUAAACAUAUUACUCAGCAAUAUUAGCAAAUAUUUUAUUUUUUGUUGUUUAAUGGAUGUUGUUCAUAUGAGUCUUUAUGAUUACACAAGUGGUUCCCACCACAAACAGUCAACAUGUCUCCGUCUGGUAUUA